AACCAAUACGACGAAAAUAGAUAUUGCGGCAAUUCUCUUACAAGAAGUGACGGUUUUGACACCCCCGAAAUAUGGGAGGUCCAACAGGAAUAGGCCUUUUAGGCCUAGUCUUGGCUGUAUUCAUAAUUGCCCAAUUCGGAAAAACGACCUACGCAGCGGUGAAGCAAGUAUGUCCAGAGGAGAAAGCGAAUUCCACAGUCCUCGAUAAAUGCGAUGACGUAACCUACUUCAACAGGAUCUCGGCCGGUUUCAAAUUGAAGGACAAGUUUACUCCAACGGAAAGAAAGGCAAAUACUGGCCCACAAGAUUGCACAUACGUAGUCAUGGACGAAACCAAAUGCUGCUCUGGCUGGGGAGGCAAAGGUUGCAAGACAGCUAUAUGCAAAGCCCCUUGCGAAAACGGCGGUCUUUGCCUUAAACCGGACCAAUGUUCCUGCCCGGAUAAAUACGUCGGAAAAUCUUGUGCUGAUGAAGUUGCAGCUGUCAAUGAUCAAUCGAAAUAUUGCUACCAGAGCGAAAAUUGUGACGGAAAAAGAAAGGAUGGAUAUCCCGGCCUUUCCGCGAAAGACGACUGCUGCAAGAGUAAAUCGGGAAGUUGGGGCCUUGCAAAGGGUUCUGAUGCCAGCAACUGCAAGCCAUGUGGUGAAGUGAAGAUUGGCGACAAACUAUACCUGACAACAUCGCAGAUCGCGAAAAUCCCCUUUUCCACUUGCGCCUCAUUUGGCAUAAACAACUUCCGGAGUUUUGACGGUCUCAGAUUUGCCUACAAAGCACGGUGUAUCUUCACGAUGUUGAAAGAUCCGCAAUCAACAUUUUAUGUAAAGAUUGAGUUCACGACUUGUUGGACCCCUAUGUCGUGUAAAAAGAUCGUCUACGUAAAAACAAGAAACGGCUUGUUCGUAAUCAUUGGAAAAAAGGUGACCUACACGAACGAUGCCAACUCCAAGAAAUAUGAAACAACCAUGGAUAAGGAUGAGACCUUCCCACCCAAAAGCCUCGCUACCCCAGAGAAAGUCUAUCAAAGCAAGGCAGGCGACUACUAUCUUGACGCGCUGGGAGGCUUAUUGCUCCUCAAGUGGAAUACGAAGGGACACAACAUCUUUAUCACCGUGAAGAAAAGUAUGUUAGAUACCACUAAACUGGAAGGUAUCUGCGGAAACUUUGACAAAGAUCCUAAAAAUGAUUUCGUAGCUGACGGGCAGAGCUUAACUGUACCGGAGUUCUUCAUCCACUAUAAAGACACCUCUCAGCAGUGCCCAGACGGUGGAAGCACUAUGGCCUGCAAGAAUGUAAAGCACAAGAUAGCGGCCACUGAAGCCUGUUCCGCAUUCAAGACGAAAUUCGCUUAUUGUGGCACUAAAUACGAAGACCCGAACGACUGGUUUGACGAUUGCGUCAACGCCCACUGUCAGCUGCAAAACACCCCUGGGGUAACUGAAACAGAUUUGGUUGAGGCAGUUUGUGACUUGGCGACCUGUCUUUCAGUAACGUGCGCCGAAGUCGGUAUGGUCGGCGAAUGGCGGUCGCAGAGGUUCUGCCCCAAAACGUGCCCUGCUGGCUUAGUGUUCAAGGAAGCAGCCAGCUCCUGCGAUGUAAUGUUCUGCGGUCAGGUUCCAAUGCCAAAAGAGAAUUGCAAUGAGAAGCGUCCAGAUUGUGUUUGUCCUGAUGGGAAACUGAUAUACAAGAAUAAGUGCAUAGCCCCAAUGAAAUGUCCAUGCAUCUACAGAGACAAAGAGUACAACGAGGGCGAAAAAGUCUAUCAGGGCUGCCGGUUGUGUGUGUGCGGUGGCACUCCGAAAACUGGAACAAGGUGGACAUGUCCAAACAUACAGUGCCCCCAGAACUGCUUAAUUUUCGGCAGCUCAGUCAUACCAUUCAUUGGUCAUAGAUACGAAGUCGACGUCGGGACAUGUCCCAUGACGGUUUUGACGCCAAGGCCAGCUUAUGCCCAAGACGAAAGAGCGAACAUGACUGUUGUAAUGCAGCGGGAGGAUUGUGAGACCGGUAAAUGCCUAAUUACGUUAAAAAUCAAAGUUGGCGGUAUCGUCCUGACUUUGACACCCACUGGCGGAAAAGGGGAUGCUUCGAUCAUUCAUCAAGGCACAAAAACAAUCAGUGAAAUGCCCUAUAAAGAUGAUACUUUCCACAUCCGGAAACCAACUAAUUUGUACUACGUCGUCGAAGUACUUAAAACCUUGACCAUCGAGUUUAACGGCGCCUACAGGACAAUCUACUUUAGGAUUGCACCAUAUUUACAAAGCAAGAUGGUUGGACUUUGCAGCAUCGUUGACAGCCAAGGUAAUAUAUUUUCCACGGCUGCUGGAGUGUCGGUCAACAAGGCCAGAUUCAUUGCGGGGAGUGCUGCUGAUAAAGACUCCGCAGAGAGUGAAGUGGCAUGCAGCAAGCCUUCCUGGGAACCCAAGGAGGAGCCGUGUGCAUCGAAUCUAGCUCGAAAGGCAGAUGUGGAAAAAGCCUGUAGUCCUAUUCUCGACCCAGAUGGCGCAUUUGCCGCGUGUCUGGGCACGAAGGUUAACCUCGAAUCGCAGUACAAAAUAUGCAUAGCGGAAAUGUGUCGUAAUAAGGAGUUUGACUCAACAAAAACCAUGUGCGCAGCCUACCACAUUGCUGGAAGAAAAUGCAGCUUGGAGGGAAUAAGUGUUGAUUGGACACUUGCCGUGUCUCAAUGCCGAACCAUCUUUGACUGCGUCAACACCGUUUACGUCGAGUGUUCCGAAAAUUGUCACUCGGCUUGUGCGGAUGUUCAAGCUCGAGUCAAGUGUUCCCCAUACGAGUGCAUUCCCGGUUGUCGAUGCCCGAAAGAUCAACUCAUGGCAACAGAUUCAAACGGUAAUGAGGGCAGAGUUUGUGUGCCAAGAAACAAAUGCAAGUGCAGGAACCCCUACAGAGAGCGUGCAGUGCUGAACCCGGGAGAUGAAAUCAAGAUGAGCUGUAUAACUUGUGAAUGCUCGAAUGCUUUACUAAUGUGCCGAAACCACAACGAUACGCAAUGUACGGAAAACGUUCGAUGUCCAACUGGAAAAGUACAUUUCAAAGACCCUUCUAAAAUACCUCCACAGAUGAAGUGUGGAAGAAAUUUCCCGAUACCUGCAAUAAGAGCAAACAAACCACUCUGUGUUUGCCCAGCUGGAAAGUUCCGAGCCUAUUCAACAGAUGGGAGCAGAUUCAAUUGUGUUGACGAGACCGACUGUCCAUGUUACACACCAAUUUUCAUGGCACCAAAUACGGAGGUCAACAUUGGCGGUUGUGCACUUUUCAAAUGCUCGAAAGGAAGUGUAUCAAAGGUGAAGGACAUCGAUUGUUACAAGACCUGCUUUGCCUUCGGCGACCCGCAUUACCUUACAUUUGACGGGAGCUUGUAUACCAGCCAACAACCAUGUAAAAUGCUCCUCGUAGAGUUAGCGCUUUUCCCCAUAAAGGUCUUCGUCAAAAAUGAACAGUGCGGAACAACAGGCGUGACAUGUACGAAAACAAUUGAAAUGAUCGUUAAUGAUCUCACAAUCGUGCUCAGCAGAGGCAGACCAAUUACUGCUGGCGAGCUCACUCUCACAAAUUUCGACAAAGUCCACCUCGAUGACGAUAUCCUUAUCAAGAAGGUUGGUCAGCGGUUGAUUGUGAUUGAAAUAGAGAGCAAGGCAGUCAAGCUAGAAUGGGACUUGGGCACCAGUGUGUCCAUCGGCCUGAGAGGGAUGCAUAAGAACAACAUUUCUGGAGGAAUAUGUGGUAACUACGACGGUAACCCGGACAACGACUUCAUGACAGAAUCCGGUGCCUUGACUGAGAGUGCUGACACCUUUGUCUCCAGUUGGAGUGUCGAAAAAUGCAAGCAAGACGUGAAGCCUCCAGCUGCCGAUGUCAAGCCAUGCACUGGGGUCGAGUUCAGGGAAGCCUGGGCGAAACAAAGUUGCGGUAUUAUCAAGGAUGAAAAUGGCCCAUUCGCGGAAUGCCUCAAGUUCACCACUGCCGCUGACGAAUUCAAAGAGAUUUGCGAAUAUGACGCCUGUCGAUGUGACCGUGGAGGCGACUGCGAGUGUUUGUGUACAGCCUUGGCCGCGUUUGCUGUGAUCUGCUCCAAUGUCGGGAAGCCUGUGAAGUGGAGGACACCAACACUUUGCCCCAUUAUGUGCGAAGGAGGUACUGUUUACAGACCUUGUGGACCCUACUGUCAGGAAACGUGCAUGGACUUGAGCCUUGGACGUAACAUUAGCGAUGAAUGUGCACACACACCAAUGUGUUCGGAAGGUUGCUUCUGUCCAAAAGGAACCGUUCUGCAAGAUAGUGUCUGUAUUCCGAAGAGGGAGUGUCCAUGUUACAUUAAGGGCGUCCCAUUCCAUUCGGACACUUCAGCCACAAUUGAUUGUCAGAACUGUACUUGUGAGGAAGGCAAGUUGAUUUGUGUCGGGGAGAAGUGUAAGGAUGAAACGUGCGCUGCUGACAUGUUUACUUGCAAGCGGGGCGGGAAGUGCAUACCCAUAACAUGGAAAUGCGAUAAUGCCAAAGACUGUGACGAUGCCAGCGAUGAGGAAGAUUGCGAGCAUCCAACAUGCCCACCAGGUACCAUACCAUGCCCAGGCAACUGUCUCAAGUCUAGUAUGAUCUGCGAUAACGAAAAGGACUGCGAUGACGGAAUUGACGAAAUGCACUGCAACUGUUCAGAACAUUCAUGGAAAUGUAAAAAGAGUGGACAUUGCAUUCAUUUCACUUUCAAAUGCGAUGGACAGUAUGACUGUGGCGAAAACGAUACCUCUGAUGAGGUCAAUUGCGGAAUUUGCAAAAAGAAAGACAAGUAUCAAUGUGGCAACGACAAAUGUGUGGACUUCGCCAGAAGAUGUGACGGCCACGACGACUGUGGUGAUGCUUCGGACGAAAUUGGAUGCACGACAUCAACGAUAUCGACAACCUCGAUUUCGACAACUACUAACUGUACAGAGUAUCAGUGCAAGACGGGUGAGUGCAUUAAGAAGGAGAGGCUCUGCAAUCACGAAAGAGAUUGUCCCGGAGGAGAAGACGAAUUCGGUUGCAGUACUACAUCGACAACUACAACUGAAUCGACUACAACUACAUCAUCAACCGUUACACCAACUACUCCUAAAGGAUGCGAAAAAACUGAAGGGAUGCAAAGCGACACCCAGAUCCCCCAAGAAAAUAUAGAAAGCGAUAGUGGUGACAAAGACACAAAUAAGUUACGGCCAGACAACACUUCACCAUUCAACCUAACCAAAGAAGACACGAAUAUCAAGGUUACUUUGACAAAAAAGCCAGAACCACCAGUCGAAGUCGAAUCAUUGACGCUGAAAAAUAGCACAAAUGUCGAGUCAGUGACGAUCGAGGUGAUGGAUCCAGAUACGAAUACAUUACGACCACUGAAACCAGAAGAGGUCAGUGGCCCGAACAAGCCGGACGUCAAUGGCACAAUAAGGCUACCGCCCGGUGGCGAAAUUAAAUUCAACAAUGUUACAACCAGCCAAAUUAGCUUAACUGUGACCAAGAAAAACAAGACUGAACCGGCUUCAACAAAGAUUGCCAUCCGUGCCUGCUUCCACCCUGUCUCUACAACUACAACUGAGACGACUACGACAACUACCGUCUCAACAACUACUCCUAAAGGAUGCGAAAAAACUGAAGGGAUGCAAAGCGACACCCAGAUCCCCCAAGAAAAUAUAGAAAGCGAUAGUGGUGACAAAGACACAAAUAAGUUACGGCCAGACAACACUUCACCAUUCAACCUAACCAAAGAAGACACGAAUAUCAAGGUUACUUUGACAAAAAAGCCAGAACCACCAGUCGAAGUCGAAUCAUUGACGCUGAAAAAUAGCACAAAUGUCGAGUCAGUGACGAUCGAGGUGAUGGAUCCAGAUACGAAUACAUUACGACCAAUAAAACCAGAAGAGGUCAGUGGCCCGAACAAGCCGGACGUCAAUGGCACAAUAAGGCUACCGCCCGGUGGCGAAAUUAAAUUCAACAAUGUUACAACCAGCCAAAUUAGCUUAACUGUGACCAAGAAAAACAAGACUGAACCGGCUUCAACAAAGAUUGCCAUCCGUGCCUGCUUCCACCCUGUCUCUACAACUACAACUGAGACGACUACGACAACUACCGUCUCAACAACUACUCCUAAAGGAUGCGAAAAAACUGAAGGGAUGCAAAGCGACACCCAGAUCCCCCAAGAAAAUAUAGAAAGCGAUAGUGGUGACAAAGACACAAAUAAGUUACGGCCAGACAACACUUCACCAUUCAACCUAACCAAAGAAGACACGAAUAUCAAGGUUACUUUGACAAAAAAGCCAGAACCACCAGUCGAAGUCGAAUCAUUGACGCUGAAAAAUAGCACAAAUGUCGAGUCAGUGACGAUCGAGGUGAUGGAUCCAGAUACGAAUAGAUUACGACCAAUAAAACCAGAAGAGGUCAGUGGCCCGAACAAGCCGGACGUCAAUGGCACAAUAAGGCUACCGCCCGGUGGCGAAAUUAAAUUCAACAAUGUUACAACCAGCCAAAUUAGCUUAACUGUGACCAAGAAAAACAAGACUGAACCGGCUUCAACAAAGAUUGCCAUCCGUGCCUGCUUCCACCCUGUCUCUACAACUACAACUGAGACGACUACGACAACUACCGUCUCAACAACUACUCCUAAAGGAUGCGAAAAAACUGAAGGGAUGCAAAGCGACACCCAGAUCCCCCAAGAAAAUAUAGAAAGCGAUAGUGGUGACAAAGACACAAAUAAGUUACGGCCAGACAACACUUCACCAUUCAACCUAACCAAAGAAGACACGAAUAUCAAGGUUACUUUGACAAAAAAGCCAGAACCACCAGUCGAAGUCGAAUCAUUGACGCUGAAAAAUAGCACAAAUGUCGAGUCAGUGACGAUCGAGGUGAUGGAUCCAGAUACGAAUACAUUACGACCAAUAAAACCAGAAGAGGUCAGUGGCCCGAACAAGCCGGACGUCAAUGGCACAAUAAGGCUACCGCCCGGUGGCGAAAUUAAAUUCAACAAUGUUACAACCAGCCAAAUUAGCUUAACUGUGACCAAGAAAAACAAGACUGAACCGGCUUCAACAAAGAUUGCCAUCCGUGCCUGCUUCCACCCUGUCUCCACAACUACAACUGAGACGACUACGACAACUACCGUCUCAACAACUACUCCUAAAAGAUGCGAAAAAACUGAAGGGAUGCAAAGCGACACCCAGAUCCCCCAAGAAAAUAUAGAAAGCGAUAGUGGUGACAAAGACACAAAUAAGUUACGGCCAGACAACACUUCACCAUUCAACCUAACCAAAGAAGACACGAAUAUCAAGGUUACUUUGACAAAAAAGCCAGAACCACCAGUCGAAGUCGAAUCAUUGACGCUGAAAAAUAGCACAAAUGUCGAGUCAGUGACGAUCGAGGUGAUGGAUCCAGAUACGAAUACAUUACGACCACUGAAACCAGAAGAGGUCAGUGGCCCGAACAAGCCGGACGUCAAUGGCACAAUAAGGCUACCGCCCGGUGGCGAAAUUAAAUUCAACAAUGUUACAACCAGCCAAAUUAGCUUAACUGUGACCAAGAAAAACAAGACUGAACCGGCUUCAACAAAGAUUGCCAUCCGUGCCUGCUUCCACCCUGUCUCUACAACUACAACUGAGACGACUUCGACAACUACCGUCUCAACAACAACGCCAGUACCUUGCGAAGAGAAAGAGGGCAUGACAUCGGGAAACAUUAAUACCAAGAGUGACAUCAAAACUAACAGCCUUCUCUCAAAGCCGGAGGACCUUAUACCUGGCAGUGCAACUAAAUUCGAGUCAAAUCUAACGCAAACUGAGAUCACGAUUAGUUUGGUAGAACCUGGGGAACCAGCGAUUCAAGUCAAGAAGCUUGUGCUGAGAGACCAGGAAGGUAUCGAUGGUUUUAAGGUCAAUUACAAGGAUAAAUAUGGGAACGUUAAACCUUUGGAUAAGAAAACUUCCCAAAAUCCAUCUGGCGACCUAUACGAUGAGGAAGAACCUCUAGAUUUAGAAGAACCACUAUUCACCACUGAAAUCACUAUCAUUAUUAUAAAAGAAGACGAGUACACACCAAUCAGCACAUAUUUGGAGUUGUUUGCUUGCUAUCAUGAGAAGACAACAACAACACAAUCAACUACAACUUUACCAACCACAACUACAACCACAACAGUUUCAACGACGACAGAAACAACCACACCUCCACAACCCUGUGAGCAUACAGAAGGAAUGGACAACCACACCAAAAUCCCAACGGAGAACAUAAAAGUCGAAGGUGUCACGAAUAAAUUAGAGAUAGACAAAUUAAGGGACGGCUCGGGUGAUUUCCUUGCUACCAAAAAAUCGAAAAUCACUAUUGAGAUUGAUCUCGGUGUUACUCCAAUCGAAGUUGAUCGAGUCCAUUUGCUGCGACAUACGAAUGCUGGAAAACUCGAAGUGCUAUACAUGGCUGACAAACAAGCAACAUGGGAUAGCAUUGUGCCAGUCACCAGCAAGUAUUCACCAGAUAAGCCUGGAAACAAGGUUAAAUUCUUACCUGGCACUUUGAUGUCCGAUUUGAAGCUUAUCAUCACCAAAGAUCUUAACGCAGGCGCAGCAGACGACGUUGAGUUGCAGCUUUCGAUCAGGGCAUGCUUUAAAAUACCUCAAACGACCACAGUUGGUACCACUACUACUAGUACAACAACGACAACAGUUGUGACCUCAGUAACUACAGUAACAACGAGCACUGGAACGACGACAACUGAAUGUCUCGCUGACAUGUUCGUCUGUGACAAUGAUACAUGCCACGAUCCAGGCCAUCGCUGUAAUGGUGUGUACGACUGUGAUGACAGAACAGACGAGGAAGGAUGUUCUUCAUCAACAAGUACAUCUACUACCACAGAGAGUACCACAGAGAGUACCACAGAGAGUACAACAGAGAGUACCACAUCAGCUCCAAAUCCUUGUUUGGAGGUGGAUGGAAUGGCUUCACCGUUGACGAUUCCCGAUGAUUCAAUAACGACAACGGGAGCCAAAAACGGCGUCAAGUACUUAAGACCAAAUCCACCAUCCAGUAACCCAGUAAAAGCACUGGAAUCAAGCACUGGUGCCAAAACAAUCACUGUGACCAUAACGUUUCCAAAUCCUAUUCAAAUGGGAUCUGUGUCCUUGGACAAGAAAGAUAAUAUUGGAGGUUUCAGGCUGACCGCUGACAGCGGUAAUGGUGAUGAACAGGUCGACAAAAAUGACGUCAUAGGGGACAUUCCUGAUAUUGAAGACAACUUUGAGCCCAAUGCAACGGCAGUUUUUAAGGCCGGUACAUACGUCACUAAGAUAGUUAUUACGGUUACCCCAGAUGAUUCAAGCAAGCCAUUUUUCGUGAAGUUGAAGCUAUUUGCCUGCCUUGAGGAAGUGACAACAAUUCGAACGACGUCAUCGACAACACUGUCAACGACCUCAACAACAACAACAUCAUCAUCCACAUCAUCAUCAACACCACCAACACCAACAACAUCAACAACAUCAUCCUCCUCCACUUCGACUACAGAAUGUAAAGAGGUUGAAAUUAACUAUUCCGAGGCAGCUGUUAAUGUCACUGCGGGUUCAUUCAGUGAACCGUACCUUGGUCCAAGAGAAUCACUGAAGGGGGCAGCCGGAUUUUGGAUGCCAUCAGUAGACGACUGGAAGAAAGAUGGAAAAGCGUAUAUUAUCUAUCAACUACUACAAGUACAACAAUCCGCAAUUGUCAUUAAAAAGAUAUGCUUUCGUUCAGACUACAUUAAAUACAUAGCUGGCAGUGUAUUUAAAUCACGAUAUAUUGAGAUUAGUGCCAGCUCUGAUGGACUGACGUUUCAACCAGUUAAAACAAUAACGUCAAAUAACAUCGUGGGUAGACCGUGGGGAAAAAUAUGUGUCAAGUUUUCCCCAAGGUUAACUGGUGCCUAUAUCAAGAUGACAAUCGCAGGGGACGGCAUAUUGGCCCCUUAUAUCCGAGAUACAGAAAUAUCAGCAUGUUUCGAGCCGCAAAACCUCACUACACCUCCUACACCAACCACAACAUCUCCUAGCACCACUUUAUGCAGUGGCCCAAAGGUGGACUGUGGGAAUAACCAAAAAGUGUGCGGUGAACUUUGUGACAAUAUCACAGACUGUGAAAACGGCAUAGACGAAUUGAACUGCGAACCAUGUAAACGUCCAGCGAAGCCAGCUUUCAACUGCACCGUAUUUUAUGACAAAAAGACAUGUUUUGAAGAACGCGAGCUAUGCGAUGGAGAAUGUGAAUGUGAUUCUGAGACAUGGCCAAACUGUCAAAGCGAGAUCAACUGUCGAACAACUACUACUUCCACAACAUCGCCAACUACAUCAACGACAACAACAUCGCCGACUACAUCAACCACAACAUCGCCAACUACAUCAACAACGCCAUCGCCAACUACAUCAACAUCAGCACCAUAUCCAACUACAACAACAGCAUCAACAACUGCAUCAACAACACCAUCGCCAACUACAUCAACAACAACAUCAACAACUACAUCGCCAACUACAUCAACAUCGCCAACUACAUCAACAACGCCAUCGCCAACUACAUCAACAUCGCCAACUACAUCAACAACGCCAUCGCCAACUACAUCAACAUCAACGCCAUCUCCAACUACAACAACAACAUCAACAACUGCAUCAACAACACCAUCGCCAACUACAACAACAACAACUACUACUACAUCAACAUCAACAACACCAUCGCCAACUACUACAACAACAACACCGCCAACUACAUCAUCAUCCACGACUACAACGUUAUCGACGAGCACUACUCCACAACCAUCUCCGUGUACUGAGAUAAACGGAAUGGAUAACCCAGCAGAUAUUCCCGCAGCGUUCAUUUCAACAAAUCCAAGUUCUUUUCCUAACGAUAUAAAGAAACUCAGAACAGCAGGUCCACCAUUUAUUGAAAAAGGAAAUGGAAUUACUGUGACAAUUAUCAUCAAUAAGAGCAAGAAACCGGAUCUUGAAGUUGGAAAGAUAGUGUUAAAGACUAAAGGCGUGUCAAGCAUUACAUCUGAUAUCCCAUCAGAUAAAUUUGUGUUGAACACAGCCAUAUUUACACCAGAUGCGAAUGGCAAUACUGUCAUGCUUCUCGUAGCGAAUGUAUUCCUGGAGAAGGUUGAUGUCACUUUCAUAAAGGGCCAAGGUCAGCCGGAAAUGGAGAUUAAAGUAGCAGUGUUCGCCUGCUAUCAAAACAGAACAACUACUACUUCCACAACAUCGCCAACUACAUCAACAACAACAUCGCCGACUACAUCAACCACAACAUCGCCAACUACAUCAACAACGCCAUCGCCAACUACAUCAACAUCAACACCAUCUCCAACUACAACAACAGUAUCAACAACUGCAUCAACAACACCAUCGCCAACUACAUCAACAACUACAUCAACAACUACAUCAACAACUACAUCAACAUCGCCAACUACAUCAACAACGCCAUCGCCAACUACAUCAACAUCAACGCCAUCUCCAACUACAACAACAACAUCAACAACUGCUUCAACAACACCAUCGCCAACUACAUCAACAACUACAACAACAACUACAUCGCCAACUACAUCAACAUCGCCAACUACAUCAACAUCGCCAACUACAUCAACAACGCCAUCGCCAACUACAUCAACAUCAACGCCAUCUCCAACUACAACAACAACAUCAACAACUGCAUCAACAACACCAUCGCCAACUACAUCAACAACACCAUCGCCAACUACAACAACAACAACAACUACUACUACAUCAACAUCAACAACACCAUCGCCAACUACUACAACAACAACACCGCCAACUACAUCAUCAUCCACGACUACAACGUUAUCGACGAGCACCACUCCACAACCAUCUCCGUGUACUGAGAUAAACGGAAUGGAUAACCCAGCAGAUAUUCCCGCAGCGUUCAUUUCAACAAAUCCAAGUUCUUCUCCUAACGAUAUAAAGAAACUCAGAACAGCAGGUCCACCAUUUAUUGAAAAAGGAAAUGGAAUUACUGUGACAAUUAUCAUCAAUAAGAGCAAGAAACCGGAUCUUGAAGUUGGAAAGAUAGUGUUAAAGACUAAAGGCGUGUCAAGCAUUACAUCUGAUAUCCCAUCAGAUAAAUUUGUGUUGAACACAGCCAUAUUUACACCAGAUGCGAAUGGCAAUACUGUCAUGCUUCUCGUAGCGAAUGUAUUCUUGGAGAAGGUUGAUGUCACUUUCAUAAAGGGCCAAGGUCAGCCGGAAAUGGAGAUUAAAGUAGCAGUGUUCGCCUGCUAUCAAAACAGAACAACUACUACUUCCACAACAUCGCCAACUACAUCAACAACAACAACAACAUCGCCGACUACAUCAACCACAACAUCGCCAACUACAUCAACAACGCCAUCGCCAACUACAUCAACAUCAACACCAUCUCCAACUACAACAACAGCAUCAACAACUGCAUCAACAACACCAUCGCCAACUACAUCAACAACUACAUCAACAACUACAUCGCCAACUACAUCAACAUCGCCAACUACAUCAACAACGCCAUCACCAACUACAUCAACAUCAACGCCAUCUCCAACUACAACAACAACAUCAACAACUGCAUCAACAACACCAUCGCCAACUACAUCAACAACUACAUCAACAACUACAUCGCCAACUACAUCAACAUCGCCAACUACAUCAACAACGCCAUCGCCAACUACAUCAACAUCGCCAACUACAUCAACAACGCCAUCGCCAACUACAUCAACAUCAACGCCAUCUCCAACUACAACAACAACAUCAACAACUGCAUCAACAACACCAUCGCCAACUACAACAACAACAACUACUACUACAUCAACAUCAACAACACCAUCGCCAACUACUACAACAACAACACCGCCAACUACAUCAUCAUCCACGACUACAACGUUAUCGACGAGCACUACUCCACAACCAUCUCCGUGUACUGAGAUAAACGGAAUGGAUAACCCAGCAGAUAUUCCCGCAGCGUUCAUUUCAACAAAUCCAAGUUCUUUUCCUAACGAUAUAAAGAAACUCAGAACAGCAGGUCCACCAUUUAUUGAAAAAGGAAAUGGAAUUACUGUGACAAUUAUCAUCAAUAAGAGCAAGAAACCGGAUCUUGAAGUUGGAAAGAUAGUGUUAAAGACUAAAGGCGUGUCAAGCAUUACAUCUGAUAUCCCAUCAGAUAAAUUUGUGUUGAACACAGCCAUAUUUACACCAGAUGCGAAUGGCAAUACUGUCAUGCUUCUCGUAGCGAAUCUAUUCCUGGAGAAGGUUGAUGUCACUUUCAUAAAGGGCCAAGGUCAGCCGGAAAUGGAGAUUAAAGUAGCAGUGUUCGCCUGCUAUCAAAACAGAACAACUACUACUUCCACAACAUCGCCAACUACAUCAACAACAACAUCGCCGACUACAUCAACCACAACAUCGCCAACUACAUCAACAACGCCAUCGACAACUACAUCAACAUCAACACCAUCUCCAACUACAACAACAUCAACAACAACUACAUCAACAACACCAUCGCCAACUACAUCAACAUCGCCAACUACAUCAACAACGCCAUCGCUAACUACAUCAACAUCAACGCCAUCUCCAACUACAACUACAACAUCAACAACUGCAUCAACAACACCAUCGCGAACUACAUCAACAACACCAUCGCCAACUACAACAACAACAACUACUACUACUACAUCAACAUCAACAACACCAUCGCCAACUACUACAACAACAACACCGCCAACUACAUCAUCAUCCACGACUACAGCGUUAUCGACGAGCACCACUCCACAACCAUCUCCGUGUACUGAGAUAAACGGAAUGGAUAACCCAGCAGAUAUUCCCGCAGCGUUCAUUUCAACAAAUCCAAGUUCUUUUCCUAACGAUAUAAAGAAACUCAGAACAGCAGGUCCACCAUUUAUUGAAAAAGGAAAUGGAAUUACUGUGACAAUUAUCAUCAAUAAGAGCAAGAAACCGGAUCUUGAAGUUGGAAAGAUAGUGUUAAAGACUAAAGGCGUGUCAAGCAUUACAUCUGAUAUCCCAUCAGAUAAAUUUGUGUUGAACACAGCCAUAUUUACACCAGAUGCGAAUGGCAAUACUGUCAUGCUUCUCGUAGCGAAUCUAUUCCUGGAGAAGGUUGAUGUCACUUUCAUAAAGGGCCAAGGUCAGCCGGAAAUGGAGAUUAAAGUAGCAGUGUUCGCCUGCUAUCAAAACAGAACAACUACUACUUCCACAACAUCGCCAACUACAUCAACAACAACAUCGCCGACUACAUCAACCACAACAUCGCCAACUACAUCAACAACGCCAUCGACAACUACAUCAACAUCAACACCAUCUCCAACUACAACAACAUCAUCAACAACACCAUCGCCAACUACAUCAACAUCGCCAACUACAUCAACAACGCCAUCGCUAACUACAUCAACAUCAACGCCAUCUCCAACUACAACUACAACAUCAACAACUGCAUCAACAACACCAUCGCGAACUACAUCAACAACACCAUCGCCAACUACAACAACAACAACUACUACUACUACAUCAACAUCAACAACACCAUCGCCAACUACUACAACAACAACACCGCCAACUACAUCAUCAUCCACGACUACAGCGUUAUCGACGAGCACCACUCCACAACCAUCUCCGUGUACUGAGAUAAACGGAAUGGAUAACCCAGCAGAUAUUCCCGCAGCGUUCAUUUCAACAAAUCCAAGUUCUUCUCCUAACGAUAUAAAGAAACUCAGAACAGCAGGUCCACCAUUUAUUGAAAAAGGAAAUGGAAUUACUCUGACAAUUAUCAUCAAUAAGAGCAAGAAACCGGAUCUUGAAGUUGGAAAGAUAGUGUUAAAGACUAAAGGCGUGUCAAGCAUUACAUCUGAUAUCCCAUCAGAUAAAUUUGUGUUGAACACAAACAUAUUUACACCAGAUGCAAAUGGCAAUACUGUCAUGCUUCUCGUAGCGAAUGUAUUCUUGGAGAAGGUUGAUGUCACUUUCACAAAGGACAUACUUCAGCCGGAAAUGGAGAUUAAAGUGGCAGUGUUCGCCUGCUAUGAAAUCGGAACAACUUCUACUUCGACGAUGUCAACCUCAACAACGACAACAUCAACAACUACAUCGACGACGACAUCGCCAACUACAACAACAACAACAACAUCGCCGACUACAUCAACUACAACAUCGCCAACUACAUCAAAGACAACAUCUCCAACUACAUCAACAACACCGCCCACAUCUACGUCAACAUCAACGUCAUCAUCCACAUCAUCUACAACUACAAUCUCAACUACUACUACAGAGUGCAGUGAUGAGAUAAUGGUUGACUAUAAAGAAGCAGCUAUAGAAGUAACAGCUAGCUCUUGGAAUCAAACCAUCAGGAGCCCAAGGGAAUCCUUGAAAAAUUCGAUCGGAUAUUGGACGCCAACCCAACAAGACUGGAAGGACGGUUCUGCUUUUAUUGUAUAUAAACUCCUAGCAGUUCAAAAUACACCAAUAACGAUUAAAAAGAUUUGCACUAGGACGAAUUUUAUCAAAUACAUGAAUGCUAGCGUAUUCGUUAGCAGAGAAAUCGAUCUUAGCAUCAGUGAUGAUGGGACCACUUACAAAUCAUGGAAGACGAUAAAGUCCACUGAUAUCUCUACAAAUCCGUGGGGAAAGUUUUGCGUGGAUUUCUUCCCUCGAUUGCAUGGAGCUUAUAUUAGAUUCACUGUCACAGGUGACAAUGGAAAACUAGCAGUCCCUAUCUUGCCGAACUUUAGAGACACAGUCAUCAAAGCUUGUUACGAAAAAGAAAACGUGACAACACCGACGACACCAACUACAAUAACGACAAGCACAAUUUGCUCCGGUCCGACAGUAUUUUGCGGUAAUGACGAGUACGUGUGUGGAGAACGAUGCGACAACAAAACGGACUGUGUUAAUGGAAUUGACGAAAUUGAAUGCAUUUGCAAGACCUGGCAGAUACCCGCUAAAAACUGUAGUUCAUUUCUACUACCGAAACUCUGUUUUGAUCCUAAACAAAUAUGUGAUGGCGAAUGUGAAUGUGACUCUGAGGUAUGGCCAAAUUGCCAAGAUGAAGUGAACUGCACAACAACGUCACAAACUACCUCAACAACGACAUCGCCAACUACAUCACCGACAACGUCGCCAACUACAACAACAACAACACCGCCAACGACAACGACCACAUCGUCAACUACAUCGCCAACUACAUCACCGACAACAUCGCCAACUACAACAACAACAACACCGCCAACGACAACGACGACAACUUCGUCAACUACAUCACCGACAACAUCGCCAACUACAACGACGACAACAUCGCCAACUACAACGACAACAUCGCCAACUACAUCGACUACAACAUCGCCAACUACAUCGAUGACAACAUUGACAACUACAACGACGACAACAUCGUCAACUACAUCGCCAACUACAUCACCGACAACAUCGCAAGCUACAACAACAACAACACCGCCAACGACAACAACAACAUCGUCAACUACAUCGCCAACUACAUCACCGACAUCAUCGCCAACUGCAACAACAACAACACCGCCAACGACAACGCCAACAUCGUCAACUACAUCGCCAACUACAUCACAAACAACAUCACCAACUGCAACAACAACUACACCGCCAAUGACAACGACAACAUCGUCAACUACAUCGCCAACUACAUCACCGACAACAUCACCAACUACAACGACGACAACAUCGCCAACUACAACAACAGCAACACUGCCAACGACAACGACAACAUCGUCAACUACAUCGCCAACUACAUCACCGACAACAUCGCCAACUACAACAACAACACCGCCAACGACAACGACGACAACUUCUUCAACUACAUCGCCAACUACAUCACCGACAACAUCACCAACUACAACGACGACAACAUCGCCAACUACAACAACAACAACACCGCCAACGACAACGACAACAUCGUCAACUACAUCGCCAACUACAUCACCGACAACAUCGCCAACUACAACAACAACAACACCGCCAACGACAACGACGACAACUUCGUCAACUACAUCUCCGACAACAUCGCCAACUACAACGACGACAGCAUCGCCAACUACAACAACAGCAACACUGCCAACGACAACGACAACAUCGUCAACUACAUCGCCAACUACAUCACCGACAACAUCGCCAACUACAACAACAACACUGCCAACGACAACGACGACAACUUCUUCAACUACAUCGCCAACUACAUCACCGACAACAUCACCAACUACAACGACGACAACAUCGCCAACUACAACAACAACAACAUCGCCAACGACAACGACAACAUCGUCAACUACAUCGCCAACUACAUCACCGACAACAUCGCCAACUACAACAACAACACCGCCAACGACAACGACGACAACUUCUUCAACUACAUCGCCAACUACAUCACCGACAACAUCACCAACUACAACGACGACAACAUCGCCAACUACAACAACAACAACACCGCCAACGACAACGACAACAUCGUCAACUACAUCGCCAACUGCAACUACGACAACAUCGCCAACUACAACAACAACAACACCGCCAACGACAACGACAACAUCGUCAACUACAUCGCCAACUACAUCACCUACAACAUCGCCAACUACAACAACAACACCGCCAACGACAACGACGACAACUUCUUCAACUACAUCGCCAACUACAUCACCGACAACAUCACCAACUACAACUACGACAACAUCGCCAACUACAACAACAACAACACCGCCAACGACAACGACAACAUCGUCAACUACAUCGCCAACUACAUCACCGACAACAUCGCCAACUACAACAACAACACCGCCAACGACAACGACGACAACUUCUUCAACUACAUCGCCAACUACAUCACCGACAACAUCACCAACUACAACGACGACAACAUCACCAACUACAACAACAACAACACCGCCAAUGACAACGACGACAACUUCGUCAACUACAUCACCGACAACAUCGCCAACUACAACGACGACAACAUCGCCAACUACAACGACAACAUCGCCAACUACAUCGACUACAACAUCGCCAACUACAUCGACGACAACAUCGACAACUACAACGACGACAACAUCGUCGACUACAUCGCCAACUACAUCACCGACAACAACGCCAGCUACAACAACAACAACACCGACAACGACAACAUCGUCAACUACAUCGCCAACUACAUCACCGACAUCAUCGCCAACUACAACAACAACAACACCGCCAACGACAACGACAACAUCGUCAACUACAUCGCCAACUACAUCACCGACAUCAUCGCCAACUACAACAACAACAACACCGCCAACGACAACGACAACAUCGUCAACUACAUCGCCAACUACAUCACAAACAACAUCACCAACUACAACAACAACAACACCGCCAACGACAACAACAACAUCGUCAACUACUUCGCCAACUACAUCACCGACAACAUCACCAACUACAACGACGACAACAUCGCCAACUACAACAACAACAACAUCACCGACUUCAACGACGACAACAUCGCCAACUACAACAACAACAACACUGCCAACGACAACGACAACAUCGUCAACUACAUCGCCAACUACAUCACCGACAACAUCACCGACUACAACGACGACAACAUCGCCAACUACAACAACAACAACACUGCCAACGACAACGACAACAUCGCCGACUACAACAACAACAACACCGCCAACAACAACGACAACAUCGUCAACUACAUCGCCAACUACAUCACCGACAACAUCACCGACUACAACGACGACAACAUCGCCAACUACAACAACAACAACACCGCCAACGACAACGACAACAUCGUCAACUACAUUGCCAACUACAUCACCGGCAACAUCACUGACUACAACUACGACAACAUCGCCAACUACAACAACAACAUCGUCAACUACAUCGCCAACUACAUCACCGACAUCAUCGCCAACUGCAACAACAACAACACCGCCAACAUCAACGACAACAUCGCCAACUACAACAACAACAACACCGCCAACGACAACGACAACAUCGUCAACUACAUCGCCAACUACAUCACCGACAACAUCGCCAACUACAACAACAACAACACCGCCAACUACAACGACGACAACUUCGUCAACUACAUCACCAACAACAUCGCCAACUACAACAACAACAACAACGCCAACGACAACGACGACAACAUCGUCAACUACAUCGCCAACUACAUCACCGACAAUAUCGCCAACUACAACAACAACAACACCGCCAACGACGACGACAACAUCGUCAACUACAUCGCCAACUACAUCACCGACAACAUCACCAACUACAACGACGACAACACCGCCAACUACAACAACAACAACACUGCCAACGACAACGACGACAACAUCGUCAACUACAUCGCCAACUACAUCACCGACAACAUCGCCAACUACAACAACAACAACACCGCCGACGACGACAACAACAUCGUCAACAACAUCGCCAACUACAUCACCAACAACAUCGCCAACUACAACAACAACAACAACACCGCCAACGACAACGACAACAUCGUCAACUACAACAACAGCAUCAUCGCCAACUACAUCAACUACACCGUCUAUAUCGACGUCACCAACAACGACAUCUACAACUACAAUCUCAACUACUACUACAGAGUGCAGUGAUGAGAUAUUGGUUGACUAUAAAGAAGCAGCUAUAGAAGUAACAGCUAGCUCUUGGAAUCAAACCAUCAGGAGCCCAAGGGAAUCCUUGAAAGAUUCGAUCGGAUAUUGGACGCCAACACAACAAGACUGGAAGGACGGUUCUGCUUUUAUUGUAUAUAAACUCCUAGCAGUUCAAAAUACACCAAUAACGAUUAAAAAGAUUUGCACGAGGACGAAUUUUAUCAAAUACAUGAAUGAUAGCGUAUUCGUUAGCAGAGAAAUCGAUCUUAGCAUCAGUGAUGAUGGGACCACUUACAAAUCAUGGAAGACGAUAAAGUCCACUGAUAUCUCUACAAACCCGUGGGGAAAGUUUUGCGUGGAUUUCUUCCCUCGAUUGCAUGGAGCUUAUAUUAGAUUCACUGUCACAGGUGACAAUGGAAAACUAGCAGUCCCUAUCUUGCCGAACUUUAGAGACACAGUCAUCAAAGCUUGUUACGAAAAAGAAAACGUGACAACACCGACGACACCAACUACAAUAACGACAAGCACAAUUUGCUCCGGUCCGACAGUAUUUUGCGGUAAUGACGAGUACGUGUGUGGAGAACGAUGCGACAACAAAACGGACUGUGUUAAUGGAAUUGACGAAAUUGAAUGCAUUUGCAAGACAUGGCAGAUACCCGCUAAAAACUGUACUUCAUUUCUACUACCGAAACUCUGUUUUGAUCCUAAACAAAUAUGUGAUGGCGAAUGUGAAUGUGACUCUGAGGUAUGGCCAAAUUGCCAAGAUGAAGUGAACUGCACAACAACGUCACAAACUACUUCAACAACUACAUCGCCAACUACAUCAACGACAACAUCAACAACUACAACGACGACAACAUCGUCAACUACAUCGCCAACUACAUCACCGACAACAUCGCCAGCUACAACAACAACAACACCGCCAACGACAACGACAACAUCGUCAACUACAUCGCCAACUACAUCACCGACAUCAUCGCCAACUACAACAACAACAACACCGCCAAAGACAACGACGACAACAUCGCCAACGACAACAACAACAACACUGCCAACGACAACGACAACAUCGUCAACUACAUCACCGACAACAUCACCGACUACAACGACGACAACACCGCCAACUACAACAACAACAACACCGCCAACGACAACAACGACAACAUCGUCAACUACAUCGCCAACUACAUCACCGACAACAUCGCCAACUACAACAACAACAACAACGCCAACGACAACGACAUCAAUAUCGUCAACUACAUCGCCAACUACAUCACCGACAACAUCGCCAACUACAACAACAACAACAACGCCAAUGACAACGACGUCAAUAUCGUCAACUACAUCGCCAACUACAUCACCGACAACAUCGCCAACUACAACAACAACAACACCGCCAACGACAACGACAACAUCGUCAACUACAUCGCCAACUACAUCACCGACAACAUCGCCAGCUACAACAACAACAACACCGCCAACGACAACGACAACAUCGUCAACUACAUCGCCAACUACAUCACCGACAUCAUCGCCAACUACAACAACAACAACACCGCCAAAGACAACGACGACAACAUCGCCAACGACAACAACAACAACACUGCCAACGACAACGACAACAUCGUCAACUACAUCGCCAACUACAUCACCGACAACAUCACCGACUACAACGACGACAACACCGCCAACUACAACAACAACAACACCGCCAACGACAACAACGACAACAUCGUCAACUACAUCGCCAACUACAUCACCGACAACAUCGCCACCUACAACAACAACAACAACGCCAACGACAACGACAUCAAUAUCGUCAACUACAUCGCCAACUACAUCACCGACAACAUCGCAAACUACAACAACAACAACAACGCCAAUGACAACGACGUCAAUAUCGUCAACUACAUCGCCAACUACAUCACCGACAACAUCGCCAACUACAACAACAACAACACCGCCAACGACAACGACAACAUCGUCAACUACAUCGCCAACUACAUCACCGACAACAUCACCGACUACAACGACGACAACAUCGCCAACUACAACAACAACAACACCGCCAACGACAACAACGGCAACAUCGUCAACUACAUCGCCAACUACAUCACCGACAACAUCGCCAACUACAACAACAACAACACCGCCAACGACAACAACGACAACUUCAUCAACUACAUCGCCAACUACAUCACCAACAACAUCACCAACUACAACGACGACAACACCGCCAACUACAACAACAACAACACCGCCAACGACAACAACGACAACAUCGUCAACUACAUCGCCAACUACAUCACCGACAACAUCGCCAACUACAACAACAACAACAACGCCAACGACAACGACAUCAAUAUCGUCAACUACAUCGCCAACUACAUCACCGACAACAUCGCCAACUUCAACAACAACAACAACGCCAAUGACAACGACGUCAAUAUCGUCAACUACAUCACCAACUACAUCACAGACAACAUCGCCAACUACAACAACAACAACACCGCCAACGACAACGACAACAUCGUCAACUACAUCGCCAACUACAUCACCGCCAACGACAACGACAACAUCGUCAACUACAUCGCCAACUACAUCACCGACAACAUCACCGACUACAACGACGACAACAUCGCCAACUACAACAACAACAACACCGCCAACGACAACAACGGCAACAUCGUCAACUACAUCGCCAACUACAUCACCGACAACAUCGCCAACUACAACAACAACAACACCGCCAACGACAACAACGACAACUUCAUCAACUACAUCGCCAACUACAUCACCAACAACAUCACCAACUACAACGACGACAACACCGCCAACUACAACAACAACAACACCGCCAACGACAACAACGACAACAUCGUCAACUACAUCGCCAACUACAUCACCGACAACAUCGCCAACUACAACAACAACAACAACGCCAACGACAACGACAUCAAUAUCGUCAACUACAUCGCCAACUACAUCACCGACAACAUCGCCAACUUCAACAACAACAACAACGCCAAUGACAACGACGUCAAUAUCGUCAACUACAUCACCAACUACAUCACAGACAACAUCGCCAACUACAACAACAACAACACCGCCAACGACAACGACAACAUCGUCAACUACAUCGCCAACUACAUCACCGACAACAUCACCGACUACAACGACGACAACAUCGCCAACUACAACAACAACAACACCGCCAACGACAACAACGACAACAUCGUCAACUACAUCGCCAACUACAUCACCGACAUCAUCGCCAACUACAACAACAACAACACCGCCAACGACAACGACGACAACAUCGCCAACGACAACAACAACAACACUGCCAACGACAACGACAACAUCGUCAACUACAUCGCCAACUACAUCACCGACAACAUCACCGACUACAACGACGACAACACCGCCAACUACAACAACAACAACACCGCCAACGACAACGACAACAUCGUCAACUACAUCGCCAACUACAUCACCGACAACACCGCCAACUACAACAACAACAACGCCAACGACAACGACAUCAAUAUCGUCAACUACAUCGCCAACUACAUCACCGACAACAUCGCCAACUACAACAACAACAACAACGCCAAUGACAACGACGUCAAUAUCGUCAACUACAUCGCCAACUACAUCACCGACAACAUCGCCAACUACAACAACAACAACACCGCCAACGACGACGACAACAUCGUCAACUACAUCGCCAACUACAUCACAGACAACAUCACCAACUACAACGACGACAACAUCGCCAACUACAACAACAACAACACCGCCAACGACAACGACAACAUCGUCAACUACAUCGCCAACUACAUCACCGACAACAUCACCGACUACAACGACGACAACAUCGCCAACUACAACAACAACAACACCGCCAACGACAACAACGACAACAUCGUCAACUACAUCGCCAACUACAUCACCGACAACAUCGCCAACUACAACAACAACAACAACGCCAACGACAACGACGUCAAUAUCGUCAACUACAUCGCCAACUACAUCACCGACAACAUCACCAACUACAACGACGACAACACCGCCAACUACAACAACAACAACACUGCAAACGACAACAACGACAACAUCGUCAACUACAUCGCCAACUACAUCACCGACGACAUCGCCAACUACAACAACAACAACAACGCCAACGACAACGACGUCAAUAUCGUCAACUACAUCGCCAACUACAUCACCGACAAUAUCGCCAACUACAACAACAACAACACCGCCAACGACGACGACAACAUCGUCAACUACAUCACCAACUACAUCACAGACAACAUCAACAACUACAACGACGACAACACCGCCAAAUACAACAACAACAACACUGCCAACGACAACGACGACAACAUCGUCGACUACAUCGCCAACUACAUCACCGACAAUAUCGCCAACUACAACAACAACAACACCGCCGACGACGACAACAACAUCGUCAACAACAUCGCCAACUACAACAACAACAACACCGCCAACGACAACGACAACAUCGUCAACUACAUCGCCAACUACAUCACCGACAACAUCACCGACUACAACGACGACAACAUCGCCAACUACAACAACAACAACACCGCCAACGACAACAACGACAACAUCGUCAACUACAUCGCCAACUACAUCACCGACAACAUCGCCAACUACAACAACAACAACACCGCCAACGACGACGACAACAUCGUCAACUACAUCGCGAACUACAUCACAGACAACAUCAACAACUACAACGACGACAACACCGCCAACUACAACAACAACAACACUGCCAACGACAACGACGACAACAUCGUCGACUACAUCGCCAACUACAUCACCGACAACAUCGCCAACUACAACAACAACAACACCGCCGACGACGACAACAACAUCGUCAACAACGUCGCCAACUACAUCACCAACAACAUCGCCAUCUACAACAACAACAACACCGCCAACGACAACGACAACAUCGUCAACUACAACAACAACAUCAUCGCCAACUACAUCAACUACACCGUCCAUAUCGACGUCACCAACUACGACAUCUACAACUACAAUCUCAACUACUACUACAGAGUGCAGUGAUGAGAUAUUGGUUGACUAUAAAGAAGCAGCUAUAGAAGUAACAGCUAGCUCUUGGAAUCAAACCAUCAGGAGCCCAAGGGAAUCCUUGAAAAAUUCGAUCGGAUAUUGGACGCCAACCCAACAAGACUGGAAGGACGAAUCUGCUUUUAUUGUAUAUAAACUCCUAGCAGUUCAAAAUACACCAAUAACGAUUAAAAAGAUUUGCACGAGGACGAAUUUUAUCAAAUACAUGAAUGAUAGCGUAUUCGUUAGCAGAGAAAUCGAUCUUAGCAUCAGUGAUGAUGGGACCACUUACAAAUCAUGGAAGACGAUAAAGUCCACUGAUAUCUCUACAAACCCGUGGGGAAAGUUUUGCGUGGAUUUCUUCCCUCGAUUGCAUGGAGCAUAUAUUAGAUUCACUGUCACAGGUGACAAUGGAAAACUAGCAGUCCCUAUCUUGCCGAACUUUAGAGACACAGUCAUCAAAGCUUGUUACGAAAAAGAAAACGUGACAACACCGACGACACCAACUACAAUAACGACAAGCACAAUUUGCUCCGGUCCGACAGUAUUUUGCGGUAAUGACGAGUACGUGUGUGGAGAACGAUGCGACAACAAAACGGACUGUGUUAAUGGAAUUGACGAAAUUGAAUGCAUUUGCAAGACAUGGCAGAUACCCGCUAAAAACUGUACUUCAUUUCUACUACCGAAACUCUGUUUUGAUCCUAAACAAAUAUGUGAUGGCGAAUGUGAAUGUGACUCUGAGGUAUGGCCAAAUUGCCAAGAUGAAGUGAACUGCACCACAACGUCGACUUCAACGCCUACCACAACAACCCCAAAGAAGGUAUGCAUUUUCGAAGGCAGAGAAUACUCACAUGGUGAAGUAGUUAACAAAGAGGAAUGCAGGAAAUGUAUAUGUCAACACGGCAUCGUUGAAUGCACCAAUUCAAGUUGUGGAUUAUGGGGAGAAUGGUUGGAAUGCUCAAAAACGUGUGGCAAUGGAACAACGAAACGAAAGAGGAUAUGUGAUAAACCACACUGCCAUUCCACCGAAGAAACCACACCUUGCAACAAAGCUCCAUGCGAAGUAGAAUGCGAUGUGAGCAGUUGGACUGAAUGGACAAUUUGUGAUUGUUCGAAGAAUAUUACUGAAAAGACAAGGACCAGGACCGUCCAGAAAAUUGGAGAGGAUAUCGAAUGCAAACAAUACAAGAUCGAGGAGGAUGAGAAAUGCGAUUGCAAUGAAACGUGCGAGGAACCAAUGGUAGUCAGCAACUGCUCUUCCAAAUGCCCAUAUAAGUGUGAUCAUGUCGUCGGAAAUGUCCAGUGUGUCCAGUCAACGUGUACCAAGGGAUGCCGCUGCGCAGAUGGAUACCUACUUCAAGACGAGAAAUGUGUCAGAGAGGAAGAAUGCAAAUGUCCCUUUGAUAUGAGCCUUUUUACUACGACGCCUAUUACAACUACUACAAUAUCAGGCGGUCGAACAUCUGGCCCAGGAGUUAGUGGCACAACAUCAGCACCAGGAGGAGGUGGUGGCACAACAUCUGGCCCUAAAGGAGGUGGUGGCACAACAUCAGCACCCGGAGGAGGUGGUGGCACAACAUCUGGCCCUAAAGGAGGUGGUGGUACAACAUCAACACCAGGAGGAGGUGGUGGCACAACAUCUGGCCCUAAAGGAGGUGGUGGUGGCACAACAUCUGGCCCUAAAGCAGGUGGUGGCACAACAUCAACACCAGGAGGAGGUGGAGGCACAACAUCUGGCCCUAAAGGAGGUGGAGGUACAACAUCAGCACCAGGAGGAGGUGGUGGCACAACAUCUGGCCCUAAAGGAGGUGGAGGUACAACAUCAGCACCAGGAGGAGGUGGUGGCACAACAUCUGGCCCUAAAGGAGGUGGUGGCACAACAUCAGCACCCAGAGGAGGUGGUGGCACAACAUCUGGCCCUAAAGGAGGUGGUGGUGGCACAACAUCUGGCCCUAAAGCAGGUGGUGGCACAACAUCAACACCAGGAGGAGGUGGUGGCACAACAUCUGGCCCUAAAGGAGGUGGAGGUACAACAUCAGCACCAGGAGGAGGUGGUGGCACAACAUCUGGCCCUAAAGGAGGUGGAGGUACAACAUCAUCACCAGGAGGAGGUGGUGGCACAACAUCUGGCCCUAAAGGAGGUGGAGGUACAACAUCAGCACCAGGAGGAGGUGGUGGCACAACAUCUGGCCCUAAAGGAGGUGGUGGCACAACAUCAGCACCAAGAGGAGGGGGUGGCACGACAUCUGGCCCUAAAGGAGGUGGUGGCACAACAUCAUCACCAGGAGGAGGUGGUGGCACAACAUCUGGCCCUAAAGGAGGUGGAGGUACAACAUCAGCACCAGGAGGAGGUGGUGGCACAACAUCUGGCCCUAAAGGAGGUGGAGGUACAACAUCAGCACCAGGAGGAGGUGGUGGCACAACAUCUGGCGGAAGCACCCCACCACCAUUUUUACCACCAAACACAUGGAUUGUGUACGAUUGUAAAAACUGUACUUGCGACCCAAAGGCUGGCAUGAAAUGCAAAGACAUGAAUUGCACAACGCCGCCCAAUUGGGAGACAUGGACACCAUGGUCAAGUUGCAGCGCUACAUGCGGUUUGAGUACCAGAUCAAGAAGCAGAGAAUGCACACUGGGUAAAAAUAAUCCAAAGAAGUGUGAAGGACUGGAUACGGAGACUCAAAAUUGUACGGCACAGGCCUGCCCGUGCAUACUGGAUUCAGCCACAGUCAAGAAUGCAACGGGGAAAAGUGCUCUUGAGCAAGGAACCGCAUAUGUUGAAAAAGAUGGUUUACCAGGUCAAACUACGGGCGACCGACUGCUUGGCCCUGACGAUACGGUAGCAGAAGGCGUCACGAUACAUAUGAAUUGUAGGAACUGUACUUGCAUGCACCAGAAGCUUUACUGUCAACAAAAGGACUGUUCUGAAUGCACUUGGAACACGUGGGUUAAUUGGUCUCCCUGUAAUAGGACUUGUGGUGGCGGAGUCAGGCACAGGUCCAGAACAGAAAACAAGGGCACACCACCUUGUCAAGGAUCUCCAGUGGAACAAGAAGCUUGUAACACCGAAAAAUGCCCUCCUCUCUGGGGAACUUGGAGUCCUUGGAGUAACUGCUCGAAGGAUUGCGGAAGUGCGAUCAGGACGCGAAGUAGGGAGUGCAGGAACCCUGAUACCAACGAGAUAGAAGAUAAAUGUGCAGGACUUAAAACUGAGGAAGAAAAUUGCAAUAAACCAGAUUGUCCUGACAACUGCACUGAACCAAACAUGAUUUGGAGCAACUGUUCAGACGAUUGUUCUGACGACUGGCCACAGACAUGCCAUCAGAAGGGCGGAAUAGCAGCGUGCGUGAAGUCAGAAGCCUGCAUCCCAGGAUGUCGCUGCAAACCAGGAUUUGUCAAGAACGACAAUGACACAUGCACCGAGGAAUGUCCGUGCUACGUCAAUGGUACAAAGAUUGAACGAAACAAGGAAGUGGAAUUCCCCAAAGCAUGCAAGAAGUGUAAAUGUGACAAGAAUGGAAAUUAUACGUGCCGCGAUACACCAUGCUUAGAUGAGUGCACAUAUGAUCCCUGGCGUGAUUGGGGACCUUGCUCGGCAACUUGUGGAUCAGGCACGCAGGAGUCUCUUCGUGAUCCCAUAAAUAUAAGAGGUAACUGUUCCAAGGAACUUGCGAGAUACAGGCCUUGUCAAGACAGGAAAUGCGUUUGUAAGGAAGGUGACAAAACCUACCAGGUUAAUGAGAAGUUCACGCGGCCAAACGAGCCAUGCAAUGUCUGCUUGUGCGAUGUUUAUCUCAAAAUCAGUUGCGAACCUGACAAGAGUAAAGUCGUGGAUGGGUUCAUGAAGCCGUGGGAGAAGUGGAGCCAAUGCUCGGCAUCAUGCGGCAAAGGCAAGACGUCACGAAGUAGAUCCUGCCAACCACCAGAGUGCGGCGGAGCGCAAUGUCAAGGUCAAUCAUAUAUGGAAAAGGACUGUAGUAAUGGAGAUUGUCCUGAGAAGUGCGAGUGGGAAUUCGACGAAUGGUCUGGCUGCUCAACUACAUGUGGUAAUGGUACACGGACUAAAAAGAGUAAAUGCACAUGUUUAACCGCAUCACUUUGCAAGAAUUGCGUAUGCAAUGAGACAGCGAAACCCGCUCCUCAGUCGAAGCCAUGCACGAACAACAAGCCAUGCCCAGAAGAUUGUGAAGUUAGCAGUUGGGCUUCCUGGUCAGACUGUAGCUACAAGGCUAAUUGCAGUGAUGGAGAAAAAACACGCAAGAGAGCGGUCACGAAGCCGAAGGUUGGAGAUGGAAAAGAAUGUCCUGAUCUGGAAGAAACCGAACGCUGUCCCAAGAAUUGUUCAGAGUGUGUUCCUCCCCGAAAGAAGAUGAUGUGCACUAACCCUUGUGACAAGACGUGUCAGCAUGCAAGACAGUCAGUAGUAUGUACGAUGGUGCAAAAGUGCGUCGAAGACUGCAGAUGUCCUGUUGGAAUGUAUGAAAAUGAAAAUGGAACUUGUGUAAUGAAAGACGACUGUGGAUGCGAAUGGGACACGAAGGAGUUCGGAGCUCAACCUGCAGGAAGUCCAAAAUAUUACCCUGAUGGAUAUGUUAUGAAGAAGAAUAAGUGUAAUAAUUGCACGUGUAAGGGUUAUCAAUGGACAUGCACUACUGAUACCUGUGACAUUGACUGUGAGUGGGGAGAUUGGGAGAAGGUCGGCCUUUGCUCGGAAAACUGCGGCAAAGGAAACCAGACAUGGAAGAGGGAGAUAAAGAUCCACAAAAAGGGAGAUGGCAAUGACUGUGAUGGAAACAAUACGAAGGAAGAACCGUGCAAGGAAGCAGACUGCCCAUGUGAAGAAAACGAGAAAUGGAGCGAGAUCGAUCUGUGCGAGGAGACGUGCACAAACUUGUUAAACGAAACUUACGCAAAUAAAUCAUCCGACUGUGUUAACAAAUGUAAAUGUAAACGCGAAGAUGGUUUCUACAGACAGGGACAGAAAUGCGUAAAGAGUAUAGUCUGUAAGCAGUGCAUCGUUAAUGGCACUGUCUACGAGCACAACCAAUACUUGCCAAAGAAAACCGGACACCCAUGCAAGAGGUACCGAUGUAAAGAUACUGUUGUCGUGGAGGAAGAAGACUGCAAUACGGACAAAGUUUGUGAUGACAAUGAAGAGAAGGUGCUCGUGCCAGGAACCACAUGCUGCUACGAAUGCAAACCACCAUGGUUAUGUGGGCCCGAACCGAAAGAAAAGACAGUGAAUCUGCGUUCAUUCAUAUCCGAUGCAGGCUUAUUGAAUACCCUGCCAUGCGUUAUCAACGCCUCUCAGACGAUUACGAUAAAGGAGUGUUCAGGAGCUUGCCAGACCCAGAAAUCUGCUACACCAAUAUCGUGGUCAUCAGCCGUUGGUGCAUUUGAAUCAUAUACGGGUGUCGUGCGGGCAUGUAAAUGUUGCCGACCUCAACACGCAGUCAAGAAAGUGGCCUUCCCUCUUGAUUGUGUAAACAAAGCGACACAUUUAAUACACGUGACGGAAAUAACAGGCUGCAGCUGUCAAGAGUGUGGCGGGAUUCCAUAACCAACCUCGCGGACAUACCAACUGAAAAAAUGGAAAAACGACCGACCAAACACGAUUCCACGGACAACGCGAACGACACAGUAGUAAACCAAAUAGAUUAGAUCCCAACUUUUCUAUUCGGAAGAAAUAUUGCAAGAAGCAUGUUUCUUCAAAUUAAAAACAAGUCCAUGUUUAAUUAAACGCAAGUGUUAUUGCUAUAACAUUAUGACAAUGUUUUAUUGGAAGCAACUGUAAGGCGUUAAGCACCUGAAAAAAAACCCUGACAUUACUCAACAAUAUAACUGUUGACCAUUGUAUCCGGCCUUGCAUGUUAUAAAAUAUAGUGCCGGUUUAUACAUAAUAUCACCAAUUAAUUCACAUUGAAACCUGACACAAGGCAAGUGUUUAUUCCAAGUUUAAUAACCUAACAAGGUUCGUGUUGCGUUGUUAAUUUGAAUUUGUCAGGCGAAUAAAGUUUAGUCCAACUGCAUCAAUACCAUCGAUAAAGAAAUAUUUCGCCUUACAGUUUGCAACACAACUCGCCGUAUCAUACAUGCACGUUCAUUGACACUGACAAUUGCAUUGAACGACUUGAAUCCUGAUGUACAAUGGCUUGUAACAGACCGUCACAACCUUUCAGAAAAAGCGAAUUAAAAGACUUCCGAAAACGAGGCCAAAGAAAUUUGCAAUUGCAAAAAAGGGCCGCUUACAACGAAUGAACGGGGGUUUAAAAAUGCAAACAUAAGUUGAAUUAUUAAAAACUGUGAGUUGCUGCAGGUUUUUAAAAUACGGCAUACUGCCCAAGCGGUAGUGCCACUAAACCAUCUACACGUAUUGUUUAUCCACGUGCCAUGUGCAUUUAACAGACUCAUUAGACGAACAAUUUCCAAACUGAUUAGUUAAUUUUUAGAACCGGUGGCCAGGAGGUCUUUCAUCUAAAUUCAGGUACGACAUCAUAAUGCAUGUAGCACAGAAAGGAUACAGAGAGUAAGAUUCCAAUACAACAUAGUUGCUUGACUAUACACAAGCACGCUUUUAGAAAGUUAUUAGUAGUCAAUGAGGCGGAUCUGGAAUGGCGUAUGAUGAACCUAUUUAUUAAAGUAAAGGUUUACCCAUUUUGUUAAGUGUGCAAGAUCAGAAUUUGUCCAAAAUUAAUCUGAAAUGAAAAUUAUGUAAUGUCGAAAGCAUUUUGAAAGUUUCUGUUUGAUUUUCCAUGUCACAGUGGCCCUAAAACAGACUGGCCGUCUUCUUUUUGUGUUGUCACAUGAUUCAGUCAGUUUUCAACAAAAUCUUAAAAGCAUUCAAAAUGCCUUGGAUCCGUCUCAGAAGCAUAUUAUAUUCACUCUGUUCAUUCUUAUUUCCAUGUCCAAUACGUCUAUUAAACUCAAGUAAGCAGCA